AUGGCAGAGACAGAAGCAGGAGACAAUUUUAUCCCAGCUCGCCGCUGGAUCCGUGGACAUUACACGAAAUUGACAAAGAGUAACAAAGCAAGAUGCAAUCACUGUACAGAAAAAUUCAUUAUGCAUUUUAAAUGCUCAGCUGUUUUACACAAGCACUUGGUAAACGCACAUCCAGACAAAUUAACAGAAGAAGAAAAGAAAGAAGUGAAAUUUCAUUGGACUUGGGACUAUUUUAUCUUAAAAGGCGAUAAAAAGGCAAUAUGCAAGGAAUGUAAAAAAAUAAUUAAGUACAGCAAUACAAUUCAAUUAAAAGAUCAUUUAGAAAAAAUUCACAUGAUAUCGGAUCCAACAUCAAAUAAUGUAAUAGAUAAUGAAUGCAGUUCAGAUGAUGACAUGGAUGCAAACAAGGAUGUAACUCUAAGAAAAGAUUUGAUUCCAAUGCGUCGCUGGAUGCGUGAACAUUACACAAAGUUGACAAGGAACAGAGCAGGAUGCAAUCAUUGUAAUGAAAAAUUUAGUAUAAGUAUGAAUCACUUAGCUACUUUAUAUAAGCACUUGAUAGAAGCACAUCCAGACAAAUUAACAGAAGAAGAAAAGAAUGAAGUGAAAUUCCAUUGGGCUUGGGACUAUUACAUCGAAAAAAGCAGUACAGAAACAACAUGUAAACAAUGUAAAGCAACAAUUAGAUACAAAAAAGUAAAUGAUUUGAAAAAACACUUGAAAAGAAAGCACGGGAUAUCAGGUCCAACUUCAGAUAACGUAAUAGAUAACGAAGAAAGCAGUUCAGAUGAUGACAUGGAUGCAAACAAGGAUAUAACUCUAAGAAAAGAUUUAAUUCCAAUACGUCGCUGGAUGCGUGAACAUUACACAAAGUUGACAAGGAACAGAGCAAGAUGCAAUCAUUGUAAUACAAAAUUUGGUAUACAUACAACACACUUAUAUAAGUUACAUAAGCACUUGAUAGAGGCACAUCCAGACAAAUUAACAGAAGAAGAAAAGAAUGAAGUGAAAUUCCAUUGGGCUUGGGACUAUUAUAUCACAGGAAGCAAUAAAGACGCAACAUGUAAAUUAUGUAAAGUAACAGUUAGAUACCAGGAUGUAACUCAAUUAAAACGGCAUUUAAAAAGACAUCAUGAGUAA